UCCACUGCUCCAUCCCCUUGGUCACCUCUACUUGACUUCUCGGGAAUAUUGCUGAGUCACGAGGAGGGCGAAGGGGGCGAUGUUUCGACUCAAAAUACCCGUGCCUGUGACAAGUAACCUGCGCAAAUGGGCAGAUAUCCUUCAAUCCGCUUUCAGCGCCCACUUUGCUCUGCUCACCUUUGCGCGGUGAUGCCCAGAGGAGAGAGGGGGAGGAGCGGGGUCUCCAAUCCUGCCCACCUUUCUCCUCCCUCCGCCGCUGACAGCUCGACAGACACCGCUGCUGGCCUAUCGCGCCAGAGCCGGACCCCUCUCUUUUCCUUCUCUCCCUCCCCCUGUGCCCUGCCCACCCCGGCGGUCUCCUCUCCAGCCCUGCCAGAGCCAAUCCGCGACUGGGUGUAAGUAGGGCAAGCCGCUUCCUGGUUCUCAGAAAGGAGGAGCUGGGAGUCGGAGUGGGCCAGCGCAGGCAGAAGACAGGGGGACAGAGCAGCCCAGAAAGCCGGCGGUCUGCAGAGAGAAGAGGAGAAGGGAGCUGCGAGGGAGGGGGAAAAAACGCCGACGCACAAUUUGGCGAGUAAGAAAACCUCGCAGGUGUCGAGCUGAGGACGACAGGAGCGGUGAACCCCCCGCCUCCUGGCGAAGAAGAGGCGAGAGCUGGGAGCAUAAAAAAAGAAAUAUACGAAGUAGAAGAAGUCGGCAGGGUGGGACGAAGUAAUCCAGGAAGUGUGGAGGCCGGUCAGGUGGGAGGCGACGAGCCAGGACAGGUGACACACCGGCACUCAGGUGUAUGACAUCUGCAAACCUCUGAGCAAAAAACCAAAGAGUAAGGGGUCGUGCAAAGGAGAAAGAACAGAAAGCAAGAACCCAUCUUCUCCUGGGUUUAUGGACUGGAGGUGGCAAUGUCUCCAGGAGAGGACGGGCUGAUUGGGAUUCCCUUCCCGGAGCACAGCAAUGAACUGUUGUCCCACCUCAAUGACCAGAGGAGGACAGGGCUCCUGUGUGACCUCACCCUGACUUCCCGCGGGGCACGCUACCCGACGCACCGCUCGGUCAUGGCUGCCGUCAGUCUGUACUUCCGCCGACUGUUUGGUACAGAAGAAGCGGGCGGCGAGGGCGGAGGAGGUUUCAGCGUUUGCCAGCUGGAUUGUGUGGCACCAGACGCCUUGGACGCCCUGCUGGAGUUCGCCUACACUGCCACUCUGACGAUCCCCAGCUCUGGGAUGAGAGAUGUGCUGCGAGGGGCUCAGCUUCUGGGCAUCCAGUGUGUGGCUGACGCCUGCAGAGACAUCCUGGGGGAGACGGCAGAGGCCGAGGGGGAGGCAGCAGAGGAGCAGAGAGUUCAGCACACAGCUACUGAUAGAAUGGUAGGGGGAGAGAGGGUAAUAGAGAAGGCCUCCAGAAGAAAAACAGACAGAAAAAAGGUGAAAAAAAUUGGGCCAUAUCACAACAUCAACUCCUCACCUUUGAACCCGCCGCCUGCUUCUCCCAUCUCGCAUCCUUCACCUGCAUCCGACAGCUUCCGCUCUCUGCCUUCUACUCAGCCUCCUAGCCCCGAACGCCACGAGCUUCGCCUCACGCCUGGCCAGAACGGAGAUCCUAAAGAGAUUAGAGAACCUGGCAGAGGGGCUACACUAAACGGAGGGCUCCCUUAUUGGCUACAAGACCGCCCUCGUAUAGCCCACCCACCUCCCAUACCGCCCCUAAAUGACAAGCUGUCAGGGGAUGAAGAGAUUGAGGGUUUGGGCGAAGAUGGUAUGCUGAUGGGAAGCACCUCCAUGCCUACCUCUGUAGCUGAUCGUGGUGCAGCCCCCUCAGUAGUGGGAGGGGGGAGAAAGAGGAAGUCUCAGACCCCACAGCAAUGUCCUGUCUGCCAGAAGAUCAUCCACGGAGCAGGAAAACUGCCACGACACAUGAGGACGCACACUGGAGAGAAACCCUUCCAGUGCAGUGCUUGUGGAGUCCGCUUUACCCGCAAUGAUAAGUUGAAGAUCCACAUGAGGAAACACACAGGCGAGCGCCCGUACCCCUGCCCCCACUGCCCUGCUCGGUUUCUGCAUUCCUAUGACCUCAAAAACCACCUGUCCCUCCACAGUGGGGCGCGGCCCUUCGAGUGCCCGCUUUGCCACAAGGCGUUUGCCCGGGAGGACCACCUCCAGCGUCACCGCAAAGGUCACAGCUGCCUGGAGUUACGCACGCGUCGCCCCAGACGUGGGCCCGAGCUUGUGGAGGAUGAGAUCGGUGACGGAGGCAGGAGGGAGCAGUCCAACCAUCUGGAGGCUAUGUCUUUACAGCCCCACUCCUCUACGUUCAUCCCCCGCACAAUGCUGGAAGGGGGAAGUGGCUCCGGCGCCGGUCCUCUAAUAUUUCCAGUUGACAUCGAGAGGGAGCACUCUCUCGCCCUUCAGGCUCUGGCCCAGUUUGGGUCUCAGAGGCUGGCCAGCUACCCCGAGCUUUUCCUACGAGGGCUGGACAUGCGAGCAGGCAGGGAGGCGGAGGGAGAAGAUGCAGGAAGAACCCGCUCGCCAGCUACACAUCGCGACCGGUGGGCCGAGGAAAUGGAAGAGGAAAUGGGAGACGAGGAGGCAGAAGAAGAGGAAUAGUGAAAACAGAACGUCUGUUUGACUGAUCAAGUGUGUGUGUAUGCGUGUGUGGUAAAACAUCCACAAUAAAAAAAUUAUAAUAAUAAGAUCACUCAGGUGGCUGGACUAAUUACCUGCUGCUCACCGAUAGAGAGCGCUUAAGAAAACAAAGAUUAAAUGAAAAAAUAUAAUAAAAGAAAAAUUGCAAAACGGGUUUUCUGCGAUAUUUUAAAUGUUUGUCUUCUGGUUGUUGGCAUUUGAUUGAAUUUUUCUUUUAAAAUGUAUUUCUUGUUUGCCGUUUAAUUUCAUUUACUUUAGGUUUGAGCUCUUUCUUAUGUCUUGAUUUUAUUUUUGGAAGCUGGUGUGUGUCAGUGUGUGUGUGCGCGUGUGGUUCCUGGGAUGCUUUUUACUAUGCAAACUAAAAUCCAGGGCUGCGGCAUGGAGUGAUAGUUUAAGAUGUAUAUUUUAGUUACAAAAUAUGUUGAUUCAGGUGCACUUCAGGAGUCAUAUCAGCUGGAUCACAACAAUGAGUUUGUGUGCCCUGUCCUCUGGUGGUUAUCAGUGGAAAUGCAGUCUAAGUAAUUAGACUUUUUCUGUGCAUUGAAAGCAAUAAUCUUACCUUCUUCUUCUUUUUUUUGUUGUUAGUUGUUGAGUGAGCUUUGAUUUGGUGCAUAAACCAAAGAUUUUAGGUUUUCUUAAGAGGAGAUGAGAGAGGUGAACUGUAGCCAAUGUUGGGUUUGAAGGCAAGAAUCUUCCCAACUGUUUUGAUAGCCAUGAGAAAGAAACCUGCUUCUAUAUUUGAGUGUUUAAGAGCUGCAGAGCUCUGUGUUAAAUGCCUGACCAAAAAGAGACAAAGUCUGGGUCAAUGAGUUGAUGCUGAUAAAUGGUAAAGACAAUUCUCCCCCCCACUCCCGAGAAGCUGUGGACUAAAGUCUUCCAAUGCACUCACUCGGGUUCUUUGAUCGAAGACGACGUGCCCCCACGCCCUUUCUCUAUUUAUUUAUUUAUUGAUAUUUAUUAAGGUUCUUCCGCUCAAACUCUUUUGUAAGACCAAAUAGAGGGUUGGAUACAGAUCUGAUCCGCUCCUCAUCCAAGCUGCAUUAUGCUAAAAAUCUUUCCUUGUGGUCUCCAUACACCUCAAAGCCUUUUUACAGGCAGUGUCUUUGUUUUGGGGGUUUUUGUUGUUGUUUUUUGGCCAUUCAUCCUCAAAUGCAUUCUUUGCACAUUUAACCCCACCAGGUUCCAUAACACAGGCACAUUCCAGAGAGAAGGGAACAGCAGUAUCAGGGGUUGAAACCCUCCCUCGUAAACGGACUUUUCAGCACGCUCUUCAGUUGUUAACUCAACAUGUAUGGUACUGUAUCACAUGUUGUUGCAUGGCAGUUCUUACAGAUCGGCCUAAAGGGGGCCGUUGUCUUUUCAGUUCAUUCGUUUUUGACCAAAAGCUUUUUAUCGCCCUUUACCUGAAGCAGAACCUUCACGGGGUGUGAUGCAACCAUCAAUUGCUUGAAGUGACAGCGUUUGUUUUUAUUUUCACUUUCAUUGAAAUCUGCAUUUUUCAGAGCCCGCUGUAUCAGCCACGCUGAUCUGGCCUUGUGUGCACUGUCAGCUCUUUUCCUUGUAGUGAAACCUUUUCUCUGUUUCCAGUUUGUUUUGCACUAAGAGAUUUUGGAGCUUCAAGCUUUUUUUCUUUUAUUAUCCUUUAAAAUCUUUUCCAUUCACUCACUUACUACCAUUUAAAAAAUUGUGAUUCAACUAGAGAAUACUUCUUUAAAACCCACAUGCUUCCUCCUGUAUAUUAGUACAGAUAUUGUCAAAUAUAAUAUAUACAUGUAUAUAUAUAUUGGGAUGAAGUUGCCUUAGGUUUUGGUUUGUUUUUGUUUUUUUUGUGCUGCAACUAUUCUCAGGAAAUCUUGAGCAAUGCACUAAGUGAUUAAAUAAAAUAUCGAAUGGGAAGAAACUGGUGCUGCAGGGUGAUUGACACUCUUCAUACUUGUGUAAUGCCAGUAGUUUCAUAUUUGCUUUUAUAUCAAGUUGUUUGAUGUUUAAACCACGAAUGAAUGAAUUAAAAUGUAGGUGAAUACGAGUAGUGACAGUAAACUACUGGCCUUACUAGAACCAGUCUUACUGGAAUGGCAGUAUGACGGUUGGUAUUGGGCAUGAAGGGUGUUGGUACUCCCAGUCGGAGCUUUGUGAAUGAAUGUGGUUUAACUGAUGCCAGCUGUGAAGUGUGAGUUUCUAUGUGAGCUGUUUUUUGUUUUCCUGGCUUCGGUGAAGGGACAUGGGGUACAGUCUGAGCAGAGACCCCGCUAUCAGGGAUACAUUUUUGUCUUUCGGUUUUUAGUGGACCUUCUCAGUGAUAUGAAUUCAUUUUCCCAAGAUUUGUUUCAGUUAUUGUAAAGAGAAUAAAUAAAGAUAUCUAAGCUUGG